AUGCAUGUCCAACGACGAGACAUGGCAGCAAUGACAAUGCAGCAGAGUAGGGAGUCGCCAGAACUGUAUUUGUUACCACCAACAGCAUUCUACACCCUGUCGAGAGCGUCUCACGGUAUUCCUAUCCGACGCAUCAUAUCCAUGAUCUGUAUGUGA